GAAUUUUUUUGUUUGUUUGUCAUCUUUCUUAGCAGAGUCCGACAUCCCAUCUUGUUUCCUCCUGGAAAAGAAAAGCAAGCUGUUCAUAUUUCUCCUCUUUCCUGAUGCUACUGCUGCUGCCCACUGCUUCUAUCACUCUGUAUUCUUUUCCAAGCUCAAAGUUUUGAGCUUGAUGAGAGAAUUGAUUUUGGAAUUACCAGUUUCGUUUAUACUGAAAUGGGUUUUUCUGGGUUUUCAGGAUUACUGCUUAAAAGUGUGAAUUGAGUUUAUAAAGAAAAAGAGAAAAGAAAAAACUGGGAAUUUCAGUUAUUGAUCAGUAUGGAUGAGAAAUCUGGAAGUGGGGGUGAUUGUUGCUGAAUUGGUGAAUCAAUCAACUCAUCAACCUCAAUCAAUGCAAGAUGAAGAUGUGUCUCAGCCUCAUCAUUUUAAAAUGAAAGAAGAAGGACAAGAGGGCACCUUAAUGCAACAUCCAAAACGUCCAAACCUUUCUUCUUUGCAAGUACCUGUGAGGUCCUUGGAAAACACAUUGUCUAGUUUUGCACGAAUUGACAUUCCUAGUCCAAGUUCUGCGAGGAAUGGGUUACCUCCUAGACCAAGCUCAGCAAAAUUUAUGUCAUCCAUGAAAAAUCUUCUUCCACAGAAAAGCUCCAAGGGAAAGAACCUUUCCCAUGAUGGUGAGAAAACAGUUCUCAUAGUUCCCGAUACUCCACCUUCUGAUAAGCCAUCAAACAGGCCUUCUACCUCCAGGUCAUUUUCUCUCAACAAAAUUUUGUUCUCUUCAUCGACAACAUCAACACAUUCUUUGCCAGUUACUCCAAUGACAGAUGCAUGUACCUAUGAAGUAGAGGAA